AUGGGGCGCAAGCCGACUGAAUUCAACGCGUUUGACGUCGAGUUGCCCAAGGAGCCAUUCGACCCCAAGCCGUACAAGUUGCACGUUCGCAAGUAUCCUGGCAUUGCCAGUGGCUUGGGGGCCGAGUAUUUCUACCGUGAAGAUCAGCGCAGCCCGCUGACGUAUUACCACCUUCGUUGCCCUGCAGCCGGCGACACGGUGCUGGUGGGUGCCACCGAUGCCCGAGCCAUCCAGGCCAGGACGAUUGACAACUACGUCAAG